CUUUUUUGCCGUUUCCAGCCUAGACUGCCCUAUAUAGUUUCUAAACAACGUCUAGUCCUAGAGUAAGGGUUAGCUCAGGAUCGGCCUACUGUAUUACUUUAGCAGACCUGAAACGGUGGGGCGAUAUCUUUCAGCUCCGAACCAGGACCGGCAAAGGAUCAUGGUACAUAUGCAUUUCUCUUUUCUGCUUCCAUUUCGAGGUACUACAGUACACGGAGGCUCCGGCUGAACCGGGACGAUGGAGUAUGUCGGGACUCGGCUCUCUUGGUCCCAGAGCGAAGCGACUCAGGUCGUCGAUGAUCAUGACGCACAAGCCGAGGCCGAGGCCGAGGCCAGCAAGCAGCGCAGGAAAGUCCAGAACCGGAAGAAUCAAAGAGCACGCCGACUACGGCUCAAGAGCAGAGAUGCGGGCAAUCUGCAGGAGUCGCGCCCGUUCCGGGUCAGGCGCUGGCGCCUUGACGAGCCCGACCACAUUCCCUCUCAAGAAAUCUCGCCCGCACCAGAGCGCGCAACAAUCACGGCCUUCUCCCAUGGGCCGCCUCCCACGUACUCGGGCAUAUCGGCCUCUACAGCCAAACGUACAGUCGUGCUUCGUGAAUCACGGUCCCCGACCACCCACCUCCAGUCCCCCGUAAAUUUGGAUAUCCAGCCCUUCACUUUUCCUUUCUCCUCAGACCACCUCCUCCAUCUCAUCCACUAUAAUGUCUGUCGCGCCUUGAUCUCGAAUAUGCGUACCCUCAAUACCGUAUUCGCCGGCUCGACCAUCUGCACCAUUACCUCACCCUGCCGUGACGACACGACUCUCUACCCCCUUAAGCCCGACAUCCCUCCCUCCCUGAUCCCAACCGCCUUCCAGCAAACUCACGAUCAUUCUACUUGGAUCAACGUCAUUCCCUUUCCCAGCGUCCGCGAGAACUUGAUCCGAUACGAAGGCAGCUUUGACCCCUGGGAGCUACUGCAGGACCUCGUCGGUGACCUAUUGAGCUCGACGCCAGACCCGCGACGGCGAGACGCGCCCGCUUCUGUAAAACUUUCUAGGAUUUCACAGCCACUGACCUUUCUACCCGGAAGUGAUCCGGAUGAAGUGACCGCCGGGCGUAAAGGACUCAUUAUCUGGGGCGAGCCGCACGAGAUGAAGAGUUGGGAGGCCACGCCCGGUUUUCUUGAGAAGUGGGCUAGGAUUGUGGAGGGCUGCGAUGAGUUGGUGGAAGUUAGCAACCACUGGAGGUUGAAGAGGGGGGAGGAACCUAUGCGACUCAGGAUGUAG